GUGGCAAUGCAUGCGCUAGUUUGGUUGUCGGACGUAUGUAACUAGACGAGAUAAAUAAUAUACAGAAAGAUAUCAAUAUGUAUACAUAUGUAUUUUUAUGUACAUAAAAAAUAUACAGAUGUAUCUCAAUCUCACAACAUUUGCUAAUUAAUUCCUCAUAAAAUCACACAUUGUAAAACUGAAUCUUGCCAAAAGUUGCUAAAAUUAUGAAGUUUUUCAUUUAUUAAGUUUUGAGUUAGGAAAAGCAGAGCCAAGAAUUGGGAAACAGCAAAUAUUAUAUCACUAGAUAGGUAUUAUUCAUAUUUUUUUUUUUUUUGUUUUUGUUAUUAUUUAAUUUGUACUUUACAAUUUGUCCAGCUGGACAGUAUUAUUCAUUACAAUGACAAUUAUGAGAAUAGAGAUACGAAGAUAGAGCGAGUAUGCGUGUGCGAGAUGAAAGGGUAAUAUAAGAAUAGAAAUAGAACGCUGAAUAAACGCUAAUAAUGCAUGCGCAUAUUCGUAGAGUAAAUAUGUAUAGUCUGUUCAAUGAUUGAAACUUGAAUAUCAUUAGUUGAGUGGUCAAUAGUUGCAGCCGCAGCAAUGAAAUUCCCUUUAAAUUUACUGCGUCGUUUCGUUGGACAGAUUAUACGCGAGUUAUAAUACUCGACGAUCAACGAACGUCAUCGUUUAACUACAAUGGAUUUUCCAACAGAUGAAUUAUUAAAAGAAGUUUUACAGUACCCAGCUGUACAAGAUAUGAAGGUUACCGCAAAAUCCUGUGGAAAAUAUGCAAUAAUAGUCGGUGGAUCGACGUUUCUUGGUGGUAUAAUUGCUGGACCUGUUGGACUUGCAGUGGGUGGCAUAGUUAGUAGUAUUAUAUCAGCAGCUGUUGGAUCUAAUGAAUUUAAAUCUGUUCCAUAUAUCAUCUUGUACGAAACUACUUCGGUACAAAGAGAAAAACUAGCACUAUUAAUAGUUAAGUUCCUUAAUUCAAGAUGUAUUUGGACUCUUAGAGAUCUCUUAUGUUUUAAUAAGGAAGAAUUGGCAUUAGGGAUAAUACCUAUAAUAGUAAAAUUUUUAACCGAUGACAUGCAUUAUUCAAUAGCAAGCUGAUUGUAGAUUAGAAAGAGAGAUCGCCCUGUAUAGAGUUUAUUGACCAAUAUAAAAUAUAUAAUUAUUUUUGACAAGAAUGAAUAUUUGUAAUUGUUGAAGUAAUUACUUCAAGAAAAACUUUAGAUCUUUAUUUAUGUAUAUCCGCGACCUGGAGACCGCUAUUACACAGAAAACAGAAUUUAGUGAAACAAAAAUAUUCUAAAUAA